AUGCUCCAAGCAGAGAGCAGACGGGUCGUGACGGGCCCCUCCUCCCUGAAAGAGCUCUUCUCUGCAUCCGCCCUUCUCAGGAAGGAGAGGUCUGCCCUGUGGGCUGCGUUGAGCCUGGGCAGCUACGGCUCAAUCGGGGCUCAGAAGCUUCCUUCAAAUCUUACCUCCAACAAAAUGCUUCACAUGCGCAGCCGCUGGAGAGGCUGCCCUGGAGGCCUUGGGUCUGCCCCGGGGCGGGCGGGUAUGGAGGUGGCACUGCUGUGUGGGUUAUGGAGCCUGGGCAGCACCAGCCACGCAGGGGAGCUGGUGGCCGCGGGCACAGGGGUGCAGUGUCUCAGGGUUUUCUCAAGCCCCUGGCAGCUCUGCCCCACGGAGUCGAGUGCGGGGGUGGCACGGCCGCUUGCAUCACAGGAACCCUGGCCGCCCUGGGCCCGGGAGCAUGGCACUGUUAGAGUCCUCUCUCUAGGCUCUGCCAGCUGGCAUGCAGAAGGCCUCGGGGCUGCCCUCUAUUUGUCGGCGCAGCAGCGCUCAAUCCCACCCGGGGCUGGGCGCCGCAAGCACCUGCAGACCCCUCUGGGGCCUCCGCUGGUCGGCUGCCGCCUGGCGUUGGCAGAGGGGGCUGUGACCAUGCUCCACCCUCUGCGCGUGACUCAGCCUGUGGCCUAG